AGUUAAAAGAUAAUUUUUGCUCCGUGAACUGCAAUGAACGUCAACAAAGAUUUAAAUUACGCCUUUGCGUUGACUGGCCAAUGUUUGCGGAUAUUAGGCGUAUGGCCCGAUCCACUUGUGCCUUUGAGUAAAUUUCAGCGUCCAAACAUAAGAUUCAUAGUCGUUACGUGUAUCCUAAGCCUUUACAUAUUCGUGCCUCAAGUGACAAAUAUGAUUCUUGCAUGGGGUAAUGUGUCUCGGAUGGUGGAAUAUCUCUCCUCCGCGAAUUAUUGCUUAAUAGCACUGUGCAAGUUAAUCGCUACUUGGUACCACGGUAAAGCACUUCAAACCGUGAUGGCAUCAGUCAUAACUGAUUGGACAACUUCGAAAAACCAAGGACGAACCAUAAUGUUAAAUAUGGCAAGACGUGGCAGAAUCUUAUCGUUUAGAUGUUAUGCGAGCAUGUCGUGCACAGUCGCGAUCUUCAUAUUUUUUAACAUCUUAAAAUUUAUUCGAAAUAUAUCCCAAACUCAACGGAGUCUCGUGUAUCGAUUUGUCUUACUUUACCACAGUCAAAAGAGUCCAAACUACGAAAUUACUUUUUUCAUUCAACUUUCCGGUGGUGCAUACGCAGGUGUCAUCAAUUCUACUGUCGACAGUUACAUUUCGAUACUUUUGUUGCACAUAUCUGCGCAGAUGAUAAAUCUACGAACAUCGCUCAACAAUCUGGUUGAGCAAUUAGCCGAAGGAUCUAUAUCAUCUUCAAUAUUUAAAAAAGGAUUAGCUGCAAUCACUACGCGUCACGAACAUCUUAUCAGGAACGCAAGAACGAUCAACGACUGUUAUAGCGCAGUGUUAUUUGUGCACAUGUUAUCUGCUACCUUUCAGUUAUGUUUUGAAAGCUUUCAAGUUUUCACGAUAAUAACAAGCAAUAUGGAUGUACCGAUUAUCAAAGUAACUUUUCUCUCGUUUUACUUCGUCGCAGUGGUGAUGCAUUUAUAUACUUAUUGCUAUUCAGCUGAAAGACUUUCAACAGAGAGUACGAAUAUGGCGUACGGCGUGUAUGAAUGCAAGUGGUAUGAUAUAUCAUCAAAAGACGCGAAGAAUUUAAUGUUUAUGGUACAUCGAUCUACAAUUCCGCUUAGAUUGACGGCUGGAAAAUUUGGAACUUUCUCAUUAGAAAUGUUUGGAACGACGAUAAAAACGUCAAUGGGAUACCUAUCUGCAUUGUUGACGUUAACGGAUUAUUUAAAUUACGCCUUUGCAUUGAGUCGUCAAUGUUUACGGAUGUUAGGCGUAUGGCCCGAUCCACUUGUGCCUUUGAGUGAAUUUCAGCGUCCAAACAUAAGAUUCAUAGUCGUUACGUGUAUCCUAAGCCUUUACGUAUUCGUGCCGCAAGUUACAAAUAUGAUUCUUGCAUGGGGUAAUGUGUCUCGGAUGGUGGAAUAUCUCUCCUCCGCGAAUUUUAGCUUAAUGGCACUGUGCAAGUUAAUCGGUACUUGGUAUCAUGGAGAAGCACUUCGAACUCUGAUGGCAUCAGUCAUAACCGAUUGGACAAAUUCGAAAAACCAAGAACGAAAUAUAAUGUUAAAUAUAGCAAGACGUGGCAGAAUCUUAUCUUUUAGAUGUUAUGUGAGCAUGACAUGCACAGUCUUGUUUUACAUAUCUCUCAACGUCCUGAAAUUUAUUCGAAAUGUAUCCCAAACUCAACGGAGUCUCGUGUAUCGAUUUAACUAUCCUUACAACACUCAAAAGAGUCCAAACUACGAAAUUACUUUUUUCACUCAACUUUCCGGAGGUGCAUACUCAGCUAUCAUCAACUGUACUGUCGACAGCUACAUCUCGAUACUUUUGCUGCACAUAUGCGCGCAGCUGAUAAAUCUACGAAUAUCACUCUACAAUCUGGUCGAAGAAUUAGCCGCAGGAUCCAUAUCCUCUUUAAUAUUUAAGAAAGAAUUGGCUGCAAUCACUAUACGUCACGAACAUCUUAUCAAGAACGCAAAGACGAUUAACGACUGUUAUAGCGCUGUGUUAUUUGUGCAUAUGUUAGCCGCUACCUUUCAAUUGUGUUUUGAAAGCUUUCAAGUUUUCACGAUAAUAACAAGCAAUAUGAGUGUAUCUAUUAUCAAAUUAGCUUUUCUGUCAUUUUACUUCGUCCUAGUAUUAACGCAUUUAUAUAUUUAUUGUUAUUCAGCUGAACAACUUUUAACAGAGAGUACAAAUAUGGCGUAUGGCGUGUAUGAAUGCAAGUGGUAUAAUAUAUCAUCAAAAGACGCAAAGAAUUUAAUGUUUAUGGUACAUCGAUCUACGAUUCCGCUUAGAUUGACGGCUGGAAAAUUUGGAAUCUUCUCAUUAGAAAUGUUUGGAACGACGGUGAAAACGUCAAUGGGAUACCUAUCUGCAUUGCUGACGUUGAUGGAUUAGAAAGAAAUAUUUUAAAAAUACUGAAUUAAAUAAGCGUACUUGUUUGCUAUAUAUAUUCUAUAUAGCGUGUUAACAGCUUUAUAUGUAUUAUCUGUAACAUAAUUUUUUUUAAUUAAUAUAUGUUUUUGUGCAAUAAAAUAAUUUAUUUAUUAUCUCUCAUAACUUAAGUUUUUUAAUCAAGAAGCUAAUGUUACAUUAGAAGUUAGCAAAAGUACAAAAAUAUUUAUGAAAUGUUUUGGGAAUUCUUUUAUUCAAUCUCCUAUUCAAAUAAUUAUUGUAAAUAUUUCGUAAAUUUUUCACAAAUAUUACGCAUUAUUGUAUCCUUAGCAAUAUACAUUUUUUAUAAGUUUAUUUAUUUUAUAAUUUUUGCUUUUUUAAAAUUUUAUUAGAUAAAAAAAGAACAAAAAUUAUUUACAAAAUACACUUAAAAAUGCUGCUAUA